AUGGCGCACCGCCCACACCCGCUCCGCCAGUCAUACACCAUUGACAACGGUGCGUCUCCGCAUCUGAUCAACCGAUACCCAUCCACAACCUCGUCAUCCGCAUCUUCGGGAUAUUCAUACACCUCUGGUGCCUCAGAUGCCUAUGGCAGCACAGCCUCCUCGGUCGCCUCAAUGACCUACGGCGACCCCAAGCCUCCGGCCUACGCCCACCGUCGAGGCAAGAGCGAGGCAGCCCUCCGCCAUAUCCAGCCCAAAGAGGACCGCCAGUACGCAAUCUCCUCGGCAAACCAGAAUAGCACCUUCUCAUUGGCCCGGCAGUCUCUCAAGCCACUGCCACAGCCGCCUGCUGAUGGACCGCCCUCUGCACGCACUCCUCCGCGGCCUGACCGACAUGAACGGGGCAAGAGCUUCGAUAUGGGCAGGUUGUCAAUUGCAGAUCCCCGACCAGUCAGCCCGGGACAUAUACCUCGCCAUCUCAGCUCCCGCCCAACAUCAAUGGUUCUCACGCGAUCUGACUCGAUACUACACACCGGUUCGCCUACCGCGUCCUCUCCUGGGGCGGUUGUGCACGCGCCUUUCCGUCCAGACCUGCAGCAGCUUGGACGCUCAUCCACUUCUCAGCUCCGUACUCUGUCCCGGCUCGCGCAAAAUAGCGGCGACGACCCGUUCUCGAUCACAACGCCAGGACAGGAAGUAGUCGGACUCCGAGGUCGGAGGAAGCUGCAACGCUCUGGAGAUGCCAGUGGUCUGAAGCGAGCUGAUCGAUAUGGGUUUGAAGGCCGCAACUGGAUGGACAAGCAAAGGCAAUUUCUCCAAGCAUAUGAAUAUCUCUGCCACAUAGGAGAGGCAAAAGAAUGGAUUGAAGACAUCAUCCAACGCCAGAUCCCACCCAUCGUGGAAUUGGAGGAGGCAUUACGCGAUGGUGUUACCCUGGCCGAGGUCGUCGAGGCUCUCGAGCCGGAUCGCCGGUAUCGCAUCUUCCGCCACGCUCGACUACAAGCGAGACACUGGGAGAAUGUCCACACAUUCUUCAAAUAUCUCGAUCAAGUUGAGAUGCCAGACCUGUUUCGCUUCGAGCUCAUCGACCUCUACGAGAAGAAGAACAUUCCAAAGGUCAUCUACUGUAUCCAUGCGCUCAGUUGGCUGCUAUUCCGGAAAGGCAUCGUCGACUUCCGUAUCGGUAACUUGGUCGGUCAGUUGGAGUUUGAGCACCAUGAGCUCGAAGCCACACAAAAGGGCCUCGACAAACUGGGUAUUAAUAUGCCCAGCUUUGGCACCAUGGGGGCCGAUUUUGGCGAGCCAGAAGAGCCUGAAGAGACAGAAGAAGAACGCAUCGACCGAGAGCUCGCAGAGAACGAGGCCAGCAUUGCCGAUCUUCAAGCUCAGAUUCGCGGCGCGCUCUUGCGUCUCAGACUGGCCGACACCAUGCAGAAGCUCUGGGAUUCUGAAGACUGGCUGAUUGAUCUUCAGUCUCGGAUAAGAGGCGACUGGGCCCGUCAGGUCAUCAGUUACAGAAUGGACAUGCGCAAGUUCGCCGUCAAUCUCCAGAGCUCCUGCCGUGGAUUCCUGGUGCGACGCCGCAUGGCCAACCGAGAACAAGUCUGGAAGAGCAAGGAAAAGGACGUCGUCAAGCUGCAAAGUAUGAUCCGUGCUAUGAAGGUACGGCAAGCGACCGACGAGACUCGCGCUCAGCUGGCCUUCGCCAAUGGACCUAUUCGAAGCAUCCAGGCUGCGAUACGCGGGUUCCUGGUUCGCGAGAAAGCCGAAGUCCAGCGGGAAGAAACCGCUCAACUUACUGGGCCGACCGUAUCUCUUCAGGCUGCAAUCCGCGGUAUGCUCGCUAGAGACCGAGUGGCCACAGUGCUGGACUCCCUCGACAACAAUGUUCCAACUAUCACACUGCUGCAGUCAGCCGCUCGGGCAUCACUUGCACGUACCGAACUCGGCCGCCAGCAGGCCGCGCUCCAAGCGUUUGGUCCUCAAUUCACAUCGAUACAGGCCAUAUGGCGUGCGAAGAAGACACGUCAGGAAAUGCAGACAACCAGAGACUUGCUUCGCAAGCACGUCACAGAACUUGAAAGACUGCAGGGCCACGCCAGAGGUGCUGCCGUCCGCCGGGACAUUGCCAACCUCCUCGAUGCCGUUGCAGAGCAUGAAGACUCCAUCACCACACUUCAAGGUCUCACACGGGGCAUGCUCGCUCGUCAACGAAUUGCAGCCGAUCUCGAUGCGCUAGAUGAGCAGACAGAGCCAAUUACGAGACUGCAAAGUCAUAUUCGUGGCCUCUUGUUCCGGAAGAAGAACGCGGCAUUCCUGGGCGAACUCAACUCGCACGAGAGCGAAAUUGUGUCGUUGCAAGGAUAUAUUCGUGCCAUGCUCCUACGGUGCAGAAUCGGUGACCUCCUCUCUGAGCUAGAUGCGCACGACGAGGCCAUCACGGAACUGCAGUCCUUGGCGAAAGGCUUCAUUGUCCGUGCUAAGUUCGUCGAGAAGAAGCGGCACUUCAACGAGAACAUGCAAAAGGUUGUCAAGAUCCAAAGUUUCGUCCGCGCCAAGCUACAAGGCGAGGCGUACAAGAGUCUUACGCAGGGCAAGAACCCCCCUGUGGGUGCGGUCAAGAACUUUGUACAUCUGCUCAACGACAGCGAUUUCGAUUUCAACGAGGAGGUCGAGUUUGAGCGCAUGCGGAAGACGGUCGUCCAGCAAGUACGCCAGAAUGAGAUGCUUGAACAAUAUAUUGACCAGCUCGACAUCAAGAUCGCGCUGCUGGUCAAGAACAAGAUUACACUCGAUGAGGUCGUUAGACACCAAAGCAACUACGGUGGCCAUGCCAGCAGUCUGCUGGCCAACACCUCGAUGUCGUCAUCAAACCAUUUUGACCUCAAGGCUCUCAACAAGAGCUCUCGGAAGAAGCUCGAGCUCUACCAGCAGUUGUUCUUCAACUUGCAAACCCAACCACAGUACCUCGCUCGCCUGUUCAAGCGUAUCAGGGAGCAGGGCACUGCGGAGAAGGAAUGCAAGAGGAUUGAACACCUUAUGAUGGGGUUGUUCGGAUAUGCUCAGAAGCGGCGAGAGGAGUACUAUCUCCUGAAGCUUGUGGCACGUUCCAUCAGAGAGGAGGUUGACGGCUGCCAAACGCUGCAAGACUACAUCCGUGGCAACUUCUUCUGGACAAAGCUUUUCGGCAAUUACACAAGAUCGCCACGCGACCGCAAGUACCUUCGAGACUUGCUCGGACCAAUGAUUCGAGACAACAUUAUCGAAGACCCUGCUCUGGACCUCGAGAGUGAUCCGAUGCAGAUCUACAGGUCGGCCAUCAGCAAUGAAGAGCUCCGUACUGGCCGCCCAAGUCAUCGACCUCUCGACAUCCCUCGUGACCUUGCCAUCAAGGACCCCGAGACGAGAGAGCUCUUUAUCGAUCACUUGCGCGAUCUCCGGGAGAUCUGCGACCAGUACUUCCUCUCCCUUGAGGAUCUAUUGCAGAGGAUGCCAUUCGGGCUACGCUUCAUCGCCCAACAAUCUUUCGAGGCCUUGCGGCAACGCUUCCCACGAGAACCACCACACCACAUUCUCCAGAUUGUUGGUACUUGGGUGUGGCGCUUCUACCUCCAGCCAGCGAUCACCAACCCGGAGCAGGUUGGUGUCACAGAGAAGUCCCUCAGCCCCUUGCAAAAACGCAAUCUCGGAGAAGUCGCCAAGGUGCUUGGCCAGAUUGUUUCUGGCCGGCCAUUUGGUGGAGACAAUAUCUACUUGCAGCCACUGAAUGGGUUUGUGACGGAAUCCAUCGAGCGUCUCCACCACAUCACGAAUGAUUUGAUCUCCGUUCCAGACGCGGAGAACACGUUCGACAUUGACGAAUUCAACGACCUGUACGCCAAGAACAAGCCGACUUUGUACAUCAAGAUGACGGACAUAUUCGCCAUCCAUACUCUUAUCGCGCAAGACCUCCCGAGCAUCUGCCCGGGUAGAGAUGACCUCCUGCGCGAGAUCAUGCAAGACUUGGGUAGUGCCAAGAGCAACGAGAACGAAAUGGUUGCCGCGGGGUCGUCGGAUAUCCAGAUGUUCCUGACCCCCAAGCUGCAUGAUGUCGGAGACCCUGAUGCGGAUAUCAAGGCUCUGUUCAUGGAGACAAAACGCUGCGUCUUGUACAUUAUUCGCGUGCAGACGGGUGCGAACCUCCUGGAGAUCCUCGUCAGACCGCCGACUCAGCAAGAUGAGAUGAAGUGGCAAGCUUUGCUCAGGGACGACUUUGCCAGUGGCAGCAACACAAAGGGCGCCUAUUCGGAUGUCAACAUGGUCGACGUGACCCGCAUGUCGUACUACGACAUGAAGCGCAAUGCUCUAGAGAACAUUAUGCAUCUUGAGCAUAUGGGUCGCAUUUCCAAGCACAACUACUACCAAGAUAUCCUGAAUGCGAUUGCUCUCGACAUCCGCACCAAGAGUCGCCGCCGCAUACAACGCCAGAAGGAGUUGGAAGGAGUGCGCUUGACGCUCGGCAACCUGCACGAGAAGGCAAAGUAUCUCGAGCAGCAACGCAAGAGCUACGAUGAUUAUAUUGAGCAAGCUAUGAUGACCUUGCAAAACAAGAAAGGCAAAAAACGAUUCCUCAUGCCGUUCACCAGGCAGUACAACCAUCAACGUGAGCUCGAACGCGCGGGUCGCGUUCCCAAGUUCGGCUCUUAUCAGUACAGUGUGCGCCAACUGGCGGACAAGGGUGUAGUCGUCCAUUGGCAAGGCCACUCGGAGCGCGAGUGGGGCAGUCUCAACCUGACGAUAUCUUGCGACCAAGUCGGCAUCUUCAAUAUCGAGGGCAGCCGUGGCCAUAUCCAGAUUCCCGGCGCCAGCGCUGUGAUUCCCAUCGAGGAUCUCCUGCAAGCGCAGUUCGAAGCGCACCAAUUCAUCAGCCACUUUGAAGGCAAUCUGAAGCUCAACGUCAACCUGCUUCUACACCUGCUGUACAGAAAGUUCUACCGAACUCAAUGA